AUGGAUCAGAUUAACGGAUCAUCAGCACUAAACCAAAACGGCAAAACCGAAGCCAUGAAACUGUGCGCGGCGGAUCCGUUGAACUGGGGUUUAGCGGCGGAGCAAAUGAAAGGAAGUCAUUUAGAUGAGGUGAAAAGGAUGGUUGAUGAGUUUAGGAAACCGGUUGUGAAUCUCGGUGGUGAAUCGCUGACGAUCGGACAAGUUGCGGCGAUCUCCACCGUACACGGUGGAGUUAAGGUUGAGCUAGCGGAAGCUUCGAGAGCCGGUGUGAAAGCUAGCAGCGAUUGGGUUAUGGAGAGUAUGGGAAAAGGCACCGACAGUUACGGUGUUACCACCGGUUUUGGUGCUACUUCUCACCGAAGAACCAAAAACGGCGUCGCAUUGCAAAAGGAACUCAUCAGAUUUUUGAACGCCGGAAUAUUCGGGAACACGAAGGAGACAUGCCACACGUUACCGGAAUCCGCCACGAGAGCAGCCAUGCUUGUACGAGUCAACACUCUUCUCCAAGGAUACUCCGGUAUCAGAUUCGAGAUCCUCGAAGCGAUCACAAGUCUUCUCAAUCACAACAUCACUCCUUCUCUUCCACUUCGUGGAACCAUAACCGCUUCCGGCGAUCUCGUUCCUCUCUCCUACAUCGCCGGACUUCUCACCGGUCGCCCAAACUCAAAAGCCAUCGGUCCUAACGGCGAACCCCUAACCGCCGCAGAAGCUUUCGAGAAAGCCGGAAUCAGUUCUGGAUUCUUCGAUCUGCAGCCAAAGGAAGGAUUAGCGCUCGUUAACGGCACGGCGGUUGGAUCUGGAAUGGCUUCGAUGGUUUUAUUCGAAGCGAAUGUUCAAUCGGUUUUAGCUGAGGUUUUAUCGGCGAUUUUCGCGGAGGUGAUGAGUGGGAAACCUGAGUUUACCGAUCAUCUGACUCACCGAUUGAAGCAUCACCCAGGUCAAAUCGAAGCGGCGGCGAUAAUGGAGCAUAUACUCGACGGAAGCUCUUACAUGAAAUUAGCUCAAAAGCUUCACGAGAUGGAUCCAUUGCAGAAACCUAAACAAGAUCGUUACGCUCUUCGUACUUCUCCUCAAUGGCUAGGUCCUCAGAUUGAAGUAAUCCGUCAAGCUACGAAAUCGAUUGAGCGUGAAAUCAACUCCGUUAACGAUAAUCCGUUGAUCGAUGUUUCUCGGAACAAGGCGAUUCACGGUGGUAAUUUCCAAGGAACACCGAUCGGAGUUUCGAUGGAUAACACUCGUCUUGCGAUUGCAGCGAUUGGGAAGCUCAUGUUUGCUCAAUUCUCUGAGCUUGUUAACGAUUUCUACAACAAUGGUCUUCCUUCGAAUCUAACAGCUUCGGAUAAUCCAAGCUUGGAUUAUGGAUUCAAAGGAGCAGAGAUUGCUAUGGCUUCUUAUUGCUCAGAGCUUCAGUACUUAGCGAAUCCAGUCACAAGCCAUGUUCAAUCAGCUGAACAACAUAACCAAGAUGUGAACUCUCUCGGACUAAUCUCGUCUCGUAAAACGUCUGAAGCUGUUGACAUUCUCAAGCUAAUGUCGACGACGUUCCUCGUAGCUAUAUGUCAAGCGGUUGAUCUCAGACAUCUCGAAGAGAAUCUGAGACAAACUGUGAAGAACACUGUCUCUCAAGUUGCUAAGAAAGUCUUAACCACUGGAAUCAACGGUGAGCUACAUCCAUCGCGGUUCUGCGAGAAAGACUUGCUUAAAGUCGUUGAUCGCGAACAAGUUUUCACGUACGUGGACGAUCCUUGUAGCGCAACGUAUCCGCUGAUGCAGAAGCUAAGACAAGUCAUUGUUGAUCACGCUUUAUCCAACGGUGAGUCAGAGAAGAAUGCAGUGACUUCAAUCUUUCAAAAGAUUGGAGCUUUUGAGCAAGAGCUCAAGAUAGUGCUUCCAAAGGAAGUGGAAGCUGCGAGAGCUGCUUACGGUAAUGGAACUGCAGCGAUUCCGAACAGGAUUAAGGAAUGUAGGUCGUAUCCGUUGUACAAAUUCGUGAGGGAAGAGCUUGGAACGAAGUUGUUGACCGGUGAAAAGGUUGUGUCUCCAGGAGAAGAGUUUGAUAAGGUUUUUACUGCAAUGUGUGAAGGUAAACUUAUCGAUCCGAUGAUGGAUUGUCUCAAGGAGUGGAACGGAGCUCCGAUUCCGAUUUGUUAA